AUGGAAAAUAUAUUAAAUAAUGUAACGAGUCUAGCGUGUCAGGGUGCGGAUUGCACCUGCAGCUUUGUUCUUCACUCCCUUUCUCUUUCCGUGAAUCCUCUCUCCUUCCCUUUCUUUCCCUCUCUCUCUCUCUCUCUCUUCUAUCCCCUCUUUCUGUCUCCCUGUCUCUCCCCUUUCUCUCUCCCUGUCUCUCCCCUUUCUGUCUCACUCUUUCCUUUUUCUCUACUUCUCUCCCCUUUUUUCUCUACUUCUUUUCUCUCCUCCGCUCUCUAUCCUUUCCCUCCUCUCUCUUUUCGUCUAUCUCUCAUUUUCCUCUCUCCCACUCUCCCUCUCUCCUCCCUCUCUCUCCUCCCUCUCUCUCCUCUCUCUCCCCCCUCUCUUCUCUCUCUACCCUUUCUCUCCUCUCCCUCUCUCUACCCUUUCUCUCCUCUCCCUCUCUCUCCCCUUUCUCUCCUUUUCUCUCUCUCUCCCCUUUCUCUCCUUUUCUCUCUCUCUCUCCCCUUUCUCUCCUUUUCUCUCUAUCUCUCCCCUUUCUCUCCUUUUCUCUCUCUCCCCCUUUCUCUCCUUUUCUCUCUCUCCCCUUUUUCUCCUUUUCUCUCUCUCUCCCCUUUCUCUCCUUUUCUCUCUCUCUCCCCUUUCUCUCCCUUUCUCUCUCUCCCUUUCUCUCCUUUUCUCUCUCUCUCCCCUUUCUCUCCUUUUCUCUCUCUCUCCCUCCCCUCUGUCCUUUUCUCUCUCUCUCUCUACCCUUUUCUUUCUCUCUCUCCUCUCACUCCUUUCACUAUAUCUUUCCCCGCCAUCUCUAUGUAUCAGUAUAUUUGUUAG